AUGGCCUUAGCUAUCAACCAUCAUUGCCCUGUCUGUAGCAAGAAGGGCAACAGGCGAUGUGUCAAGCUAGGGCACAUCAUCGAGUGUGACAUUCACAAAGGCAAAUUUCAUAGCCGACUCUUUGUGUGCGUGUCAUGUUCUGAAGCCUGUGCCCGCGAGGAGAAGGCUAUCAAGAGAGACCAAGGCUCUUGCAGCGGUGAUGACGGGGAUGACGACAAACAGCAGAAGAAGGAUCGGAAAGGAGGCAAACCCAAGCCCUCCCACCAAAAGACUAUCAAACAGCUUCGGAGGGAGCUGAAAGAGGAGAAGAGAAAGUCAUCCGCCGACUAG